GUUCUAACAUCGCGAAUACCUAAAGUGUUGUCUAAGAUUAACUAUAAUGUACAUUCUUUUGCUGGUGUUGUGCGUGAUAGCAAUAUUUUUAUUUCGAUGGUACACUUAUCAUAAAUACUGGAAAUAUGUUAACAAAAUUCCAGGACCUAAAGCUUUGCCGAUUAUUGGCAAUAAUGAUUUAGUUAAUGUAGAUAAUGAGGAAAUUUUUAGAAUCUUCCGAGAGAGAUCAAAACUUUUCUAUCCAAUAUACAAAAUUUGGAGCUUCGAGAUAUAUGUUAUUUUCCUUGCAGGCCCACCUAAGGACAUGGAGCUAAUUUUAGGACAUUCAGAAAAUAACGACAAAAGCUUUAUAUACAAUUUUUUAAAUAAUUGGCUUGGAACAGGGUUAUUAACUAGUAAUGGUAGCAAAUGGCAUACCAGAAGAAAGAUGCUGACUCCAGCUUUUCACUUUAAUAUAUUACAGAAAUAUCUUGAAGUGUUUAAUAAAGAAACAGAAAUUUUACUUGACGAGCUGGAUAAAGACGCUGGAAAGGAAUAUAUUAACGUAUUGAAACCAAUAACUGAUUUUACGUUAUUUUCAAUAGGAGAAUCUGCGUUGGGAGUGAGUUUACGCGAAAAGAAUUGUGAUGAAUAUAAAAAGGCUAUUCAUGAGUAUGUAAAAAUUGGCGAAUAUAGGAUAACCAAACCAUUUUUGUAUCUAGAUGUUAUAUUUAAUAUGCUUCCAAUUAGUAGGACACUUAAAGAAUAUAUAAAGACCUUACAUGAUUUAUCAACCAAUAUAAUUCGAGAAAGGGAGCUAGGCCAGCAAAUGGAUGCCGAAGGAAAUUUUUCCUACUCGAGAAGAAAAAGAUUGGCCUUAUUAGACCUCAUACUUGAAGCAAGAGCAGCUGGUGAAGAUAUUGAUGAAGAAGGAAUCAGAGAGGAAGUAGAUACGUUUAUGUUUGAGGGUCAUGAUACAGUAUCGGUAGCACUAUGCUAUAUUCUGCUAAAUUUAGCUAAUGAGCAAGAUUAUCAGGCAAAAAUAUAUGAAGAAAUUCUAUCAGUCUUAGGAACAACUCAAUAUCCAACUCAGCAACAACUAGGGGAACUCAGGUUCAUGGAAAGAUUCGUUAAAGAAUGUCUGCGUCUUUAUCCUAGCGUGCCAUUAAUUUCUAGAGUGACUGGAAAGACUCUACACACUCAUUCUGGGUACACAAUACCUAAGAACUCGACAGUUAUUAUGCAUAUUUAUGAUUUGCAUCAUGACGCGGAAGUAUGGGAGGAUCCAGAGAGAUUUGAUCCUGAUAGAUUUUUGCCGGAUAAUAUCGCCAAAAGACACCCGUUUGCAUAUUUGCCAGAAAUUUGCUAUGCUGGAAAUAAAGACGGUGUUGUGUGGAAUCCUUAGAAAAUUUAAAUUGGAAGCAGUAGACAAACGAGAAGACAUCAAAUUUAUAGGAGAUCUUGUAUUAAGACCAGCUGGCGAAAUACGAGUCAAGUUUUCUCAUAGAAAAUAAAAAUACCCUUAUUACCCGAAAAUUCUUGGCAAAGGCCAAUAUUCCCGAAGUCAUUAAAAAUAAUAAAUGUUCAAUUACUUCGAUAUUUUUUCAAAUUGU